AUGGAAGCAGCAGCCGACGAAGAGGCCGAAGCUGCUGAAGAGGAGGAGGCUGCGGGUAACCCCGCCCCUCUCGAGGAGCAGGCCGAGCAGCCUGACUCAAGGCCACGCAGCCUAAGGGCACCGCGCAACCCCACGGCGCAGGAACGCGCCGAGCACGAGCUCACUCACACGCCCUACCAGGCGUGGUUCGAGAAGUGCGUGGAGGGAAAGGCGCGCGAGGACCCUCACCGCCGCCGUGAGCCCUCAGAUGAUCCGGUGACGCCUUUAGUCACCAUGGAUUAUCAGUUCUACAGCCGGGACGGGAAAGAAGUUGAGGAAGAAGCGUCGCUUGCCACGGUGCUGAACCUCACAGACAGGGCCACUGGCUGGACUCUGUCGGUUCCCGUGGCGCACAAAGGGCACAGACACGCGGCUUACGCCGCAGGGCUCCUGGAGCAGUUCGUGGAUCGGCUGGGGUACGACAAGUUUACCCUACAGGUCGACCAGGAGAACGCCAUAGCCUCUGUGGCCCGCGCGGUCCACCGCCGGCUGGGAGCUGCUAGGGUGCGUCUUCGAGAUGCCCCUCGCGGGUCACACCAAAGCCAAGGAUCCGUAGAGGGAAGAAACGCACACCUAGCAGGUGAGGUUCGCACUUGGCUCUCGCAGCUGAGAGCGGACUACCCCGCCUUAGAGUGGGACACUUCGUCCAACUUGUUCCCGUGGCUUGUCAGGCACGUGGCCUGGCUGCAGGCCCGCUUCGGGACAAAGUCAACGGAUGGGGUGACGCCAUAUCGGGCAGCCACAGGCACCGACUUUGGGGAAACCGUUUUAGCAAAGCUCCCAAGGCCUGGGAACAAAGCGCAAGUGUGCUGGGUCAAAGGGGUCUGGGCCGGCAAGCUAGAGCGCGACGACUCCCACGUGGUGCUGACCGAAGCUGGCGUGCGGCUUGCCUUGGAACCCUAUAGAUUUGGCCGCGCAGCGCCAGCAGAGCGCAGCGAGCCAAUGAUGGUGCCAAUCCCUCUGGCCACGCCGGCCGAGGAAGUGGAGCGGCUAGAACCGCCCGGAGAGCCCUGGCUCUUCCACGACGGGCCACGGCCCGACGACGAGGCCCUCUUGGUCGAAGGGGCCGAGCAGGCCAGUAGGCUCCCGGACGCUAGCCCCACCGAGGAGCUAGCCAACGCAGACGUGCCCGACUACGAGCCGUCAGACGUGGAGGCAACACCUUCCGCAGCAAGCGCGCUGCCGCCACAAGCGGCAAGCCCCGCACAAGCCGCCAACGACGGCUCAGGUGAAGGGGGCAGAAGCGCAACUCUGCGGGCACCACGGCUAGGAGCGCUCACGGAGCGCGAGGUGUGGCAGCACAUCGCUGCCUUAGCCGACCCGCCGCUCACCAACCACAAGGGCGAGCGGGAUGCGUGGGUUGGGCAGGUGACAGACCUGCUAGACCGGAUGCUCGACCCCAAGGAGGUAGAGCAAGCACGCAAGGACCGAGGCGCUUUCACGCCUAUGCUGCGGUCUGAAGUACUGCGCGGGGCGCAGCUGUUCAGGGCAAAGUGGGUCGACAAGUGCGACAAAGGACGGUACAAGUCAAGGUGUACCUGUGCCGACGUUAAGGCCCGCUACAGCCCAGAACAGGAAGCUGGCUUGGACGUUUUCGUCCCAACGCCAACGCCCGAGAGUCACUCCCGUCUUGAGGUAGCAGCGCUACACAACGAAGGGUGGGUCACAAGGUCUCUGGAUGUUGUGGCCGCCUUCCUCAUAGGGAAGGACCGCGGUGCGGCGGAAGGCCGCCCGGUCUACAUGUAUGCGCCUGUGGAAUGGCGCGAGCUCUUUGACCAAUGUGUCUUGGAGCAGCCUGCAAAGGACCAGCAGUGGUACCGAGACCACUUCCGGGAUUUUGUGUUCCGUGUGGACGGCAACCUUUACGGUCGAAGAACGGCUGGGUCCGUCUACAGGGACGAGCUGGAAGAAGUCCUCACUGGCAAGCUGGCCAAGGACUACGACUUCCAGCGUGGCGUGAAGGACCCGUGCGUGUACCUAGACCGCCGGUCCGGCCUGAUCCUUCUCCACCACAUCGACGACAUCCGUGUCGCAGGCCCCAAGGCCGCAGUGCUGAAGUUCACGGAGGUGGACCUUCCGACGCACUGUGAGAUAACGGUGGGAGAACUGGAAGAGCCGGGCACAGCGGUGGAGGUCCUGGGAAGGACCAAGGUGCGCACAGAGGACUCUAUCCUCACGCUGCCCGACAGCAAGCACGCUGCCGCGAGGUUCCGCAGCGCCGUGGGUAGUGCUCGAGAAUGCAGAACCCAAGGGUCUGUGACUGGAUCGCUGCGGAAACCCUAA